AUGACCGAUUCCAAGUUGAAGAUCCUUGUGCUGAUUUCCGGCUCUGGUACCAAUCUGCAGGCUCUUAUCGAUGCAGUUGGUAGUAAGACCAUUGAUGCUGAGAUUAUCAGAGUCAUCUCAUCCUCAGCAGAGGCAUACGGGUUGCAAAGAGCAGAGAAGGCUGACAUUCCAACGACUGUGCACAGAUUGAAAGAGUACUAUGCAGACAUUCCAAAGGGCGAUAGACCAAAGGCACGUAAACAGUUCAACAAGGACCUGGCCAACAUUGUGCUCUAUGGCUCAAAAGAUGUUCCAGACCUUAUAGUGUGUGCUGGGUGGAUGCUGAUUCUCUCUCCUGACUUCCUAGGACCACUCGAGGACGCUGGUGUCCAAAUCAUAAACCUUCACCCUGCGCUUCCCGGUGCAUUUGACGGCACGCAUGCCAUCGAGAGAGCAUGGAAGGCUGGUCAGGACGGUGAGAUCACCAAGGGAGGGCUAAUGAUCCACAAGGUGAUUCAACAAGUCGAUGCCGGUGAGCCUUUACUCGUCAAGGAGAUUGACAUCGUGAAAGGGGAGACCGUGGAAGAGUACGAGGAAAAGGUUCACAAGUGUGAACACAUUGCCAUUGUUGAAGGCACAAACCUCGCCCUUGAAGAGAUUAGAGAGAGCAAGAAACAAGACAAGUGAACUACGUAUAAGGCAAUAAAAAAACAGGUUAUCAUCAAGGUUUCAAGUAAAAAUCUAUAAAAUGAAACAUGCAUCUCUUUUCCUCAUCAUAAUCGGCAUGUCUCUUCAUCCCCCUUUUCUUCUCGUUUCGUUUAAGUGUGUUAUAAUGGUGUAGUUAC